UGAAAAGUUAGAAUGUCAAGUGGAAACACGAUAGCAAUGGCGACGGAAAGCAUGAAAUUGAAUAUGAAUACGACAUUGACAGGUGGUUUUUAGAGGAGAAAAAUAAAAUGACAACGAAUUACGCUCGAAAGAUGGCCGUGCUAAGAGCACGAAUAUUUGGGGAACUUGCUCGUCCGACCACCCUAAGAGGACAAAAAGUGGUCGAAUACUUCCGAAGCUGUCCGCGUGCAGACCAAGUAACCAAUUACUAUCCUCCUAUGAAACAAUUUCAGUCACUAUUGUUUAAACUGAGACACCUUGGGUUAUAUCAUGAUGAGCAUUUAGACUUCAAAGAGGAAAUGCAGUUCAAAAGAAGAGAAAGGGGUAAAGGUGCCCCAACCAAAGGACAAGGAAAACGUUCGAAGAAAAAGAAGUAACAAGUGAUCCUUUAUAUCCCAGAAGACAAGAAUGAAAAUACUUUAGUAUUUAGCUGUGUAAACUACACAUGUAGAGUUGAGAUGAGAAACACUUCAUAUUAAUAUGAAGUAAACAAAUAUUUUAUUUUAAAGCAGUAUAAGUUAAUACAGUUGACAGGUAAUGUUGAUGAUUACAUGAAGCUUCUACAGCCAAAUGCCAGUUUAUUUACAUCUAUCAUGUAUAAAAUAAGAGAGAGGCAUAAAAUGUUUAAAAAAUGCAUUAUAACCGGAGAACAAGUCAUGCAAUCGGCCUUAAAAUGAAUAUUUCAAUAAAAUGAUGACCAAUA